AUGGCGGCCGCGAUGCACCAAAACGGAAGCGCAUCAACCUGCCUCGAGCACCCCAUCGAGCUCCAGGACGUCUCCGAGUACCUCUCCAAGCCCCCAGAUGCCAAAGUAGCCGCCGGCUCGCUACAUUCUACUCAUGGUAGUAGUGCUGCUGCUGGUGGCGGCGGUCUGCGCCUUUCAGAUACAAAGGGCGUGCAGAGUAGUGAUCCCGUGGAGAAUCUACCGUCGCCGACGACACAAGCAGCGCAGAAGCUGGAGCGGUGGAAUCAUCCUCGCUCAAACUUUUUCCGUACGGCAGCUGCGUUUUGGAGCUUUGUGGUCAUGGGGAGUAAUGAUGCCGCCUAUGGAGCUUUGAUCCCAUAUCUUCAAGAGUACUACAGACUAUCUUUUGUAGUCAUCUCACUCGUCUUCCUAUCGCCACUCGUCGGAUACACGGCGUCGGCGCUGCUCAACAAUUCCAUUCAUCUCAAGUUUGGGCAAAGGGGCGUUGCGAUUAUUGCACCGAGCUGCCAUUUGAUCGCGUACAUUGUUAUUGCUGUGCACCCGCCGUAUCCCGUUUUGGUUGUUAUUUUUAUGCUGGCUGGGUUUGGAAAUGGACUUGCUGAUGCUGCGUGGAAUGCCUGGAUCGGUAACAUGGCGAAUCCGAACGAGGUUCUGGGCUUCUUGCAUGCUUUCUACGGCCUUGGUGCUGUACUUGCCCCGUUGAUUGCUACGACUAUGGUUACAAAAGGAAACAGGUUGCCGUGGUAUUCCUUCUACUACGUUAUGAUCGGUAUGGCUGUCCUCGAGCUCGGCACGUCAAUGACUGCCUUUUGGCGCGAAACGGGCGCAAAGUACCGUGCUGCUAACCCCCGUACCACGGAUACAAAGGACAACCGCAUGAAGGAAGCGCUUUUCCGCCUUCCUCAGGCUAGAGUCACUUGGCUCUGCGCAUUGUUUUUGCUCGGCUACGUGGGCAUCGAAGUUGCCCUUGGAGGCUGGAUCGUCAAAUUCAUGCUCGAGGUGCGUGACGGCGAGGAAUUCGCGAGUGGAAUGACUGCAACGGGCUUCUGGAUGGGAAUCACCGUGGGAAGAGUUGUACUGGGCUUCGUGACACCACGACUGGGAGAGAAGUUGGCUAUUACGAUUUACCUCCCGCUAACCAUGGCCCUCGAGCUGAUCUUCUGGCUCGUCCCGCAAUUCUACGUGUCGGCUGUUGCAGUUAGUUUGCAGGGAUUCUUCCUCGGUCCUCUUUUCCCCGCUGCAAUCGUCGCGGCUACGAAAUUGCUCCCGCGUCACUUGCAUGUCGGUGCGAUAGGGUUUGCGGCUGCGUUCGGUGGGAGCGGAGCUGCUAUUUUUCCUUUUGCGGUCGGCGCUAUUGCGCAGGCAAAGGGCGUGCAGGUGUUGCAGCCGAUUAUUCUGGCGCUGUUGGCAGUGAUUCUUGGGUUCUGGCUUUGUUUGCCCAGGAUUCAUAAGAAGAAUGAGUGAGGUAGGUUUGUAUUUGGACGUAGUUGAGAGAGGGGAGGUAAAGAAGGGUUCAAAUUGGAUAAAGAGCCACUAUCUCGGUAUGUCAGUACGGAUUUGCUGAAUAUGAACAAGUUACAUUCACUAGGAAACGAAUCCACUUCCU